AUGGCGGGCCCUCAGGGCCAGCAGCUGGACGAGCAGGAUGAAGACGAGGACGCCGUUGCGGUGUUGCCGACGCCGGAGCUGGUGUCGGCAGCCACGGCGGCGGUGACAUUGCUGGCGGAGGCGGUGCAGGAGAUGGAGUCGACGGAGCUGCUCACGUUGAAGUUGGCAGCAGCGUCGGUGCUGGCGGCGUUGUUGGCUCAAGACCCGGACGCGCAGCAGCAGGAGCAGGAGCAGGAGCAGGACAUGCGGCUGUGGUCUCGGGGGGAGGCCUUCUGGUCUAUCCGCGGCUGUACAAGCUGGGCGGUGGCGUGGGUUUGGACUGCAGCUGCGUCCCCGACUCUGGACGAGACGGCGAUGGCGCGACAGAUGCAGGCCCGCGAGAUGGAGCUGCCCUUGCUGCAGGAGGAGGGCGGGCCUGUCGACGCGGCCGCGCUGAGCGAAGAAGGAAGGAGCAGCAGGCCGCCGAACCAGACGAAGAAGUUAAGGAGGGGCAAGCCGACGACGACCAUCAACUCAAGCGCUCCCAGCGAUCUCCGCGGGGCAGAUGCUGCAGAAGCUGCGCGUCGAGAAGAAACGCUGAGGGGAGACAUCGCCGUACCAGAAGAGCUGGAGGAAAGCGGAGACGGCCAAGCGUUCAAGGACCAGCGAUACCGCGAAAGGAGAAGCGAAAAUUGA